AUGCAGCAAGCAGUCAUAGGAUCACGCCUAGGGAAACAUACUCUGUGUAGAAUGGAAAUCCCUGAGGCUUCCCCACCAACUCCCUUCCUUUCUCCUUCACCCCAAAGCUCCGCGCUUGACACCCCGUGUUGGGCGCCCUUCGCUGAACAAAUUUUCUUUGAAGACUACCUCGAUUUCACCAGCGGGUACCAGGACCCGCAGUUUACAAUACAACAAUGCAGCAAUCAAACGCCAACAUGCGCUUCGCUCCAAGCAAAUCCGUCUUCGUCUUCUGGCAGCCAAGCCAACUCAGUGGACGCUCAAGACGCCUAUGGUAGUGGUAGUCAGCCUAUCAACUGGGACUUUGCGUUAUUCUCCAACACCGACACUGGCAACCUCGUCCCAGAAACGACUUCGUUUCCGCUUUCUUCUUCGGCCGCCUUGACGGGCACUCUUACUUCACACGAUUUCUCGCUAGACAGUUCCACGGACUGGAAUGUCUUUCCUUUCCCAUCCUCUUCUGGACCUUCGCCAUACCUCGGCAAUGACUCACAAUUACUCACGGGCGGAGCCAUGCCUUUUACGACCUCUACCGACUCUCUCAACACUACGGCUAUAAGUACUGGCAUGGAGACCCUGCACAGUGCCCACUUCUCCACUUCCAUGGUGAAAGAGCAUUCAUCGUCAGGAUCAUCUGCAGGCCACCGGACGCACGUCUCUUCCUCGCCAGAGCAGUCUUAUUCGUCUCGACACACCAGUUCAAAAGCCAGUCCUCUUGCUCCUGAGCCCUCGAAAAUUGAAAAGCGCAAAGCCAACACAAUGGCUGCGCGCCGCUAUCGUCAGAAGCGCGUCGAUCAAAUGAGCACUCUUGAGUCCGAACUCAAGGACGUCAAGACCGAGCGUGACGACCUCAAAGUACGCUGUGCUAGGCUCGAAGGCGAGGUCGAGACGCUUCGUGCAUUGCUCCAGUCUCGCAGCUAGUUUUCUUCAUUGUCAGCUUCUCUUCUGUCAUGGUGUUCGCUUCAAUAUGGCUGUAUGAGACCUCCUUUCAGACGAUGUCGGAAGUUGCUCGCUCAUUGCACACCUGUUCAAGGCAGCAUCAGAUCGGCAAAGUAGAUUUUAAUCUCUGAGGCUAUUCGGGAUAGGUUAUGGGCACUCACACAGUACUGAGGAUGUAUGUAGUAAUGCGAUGUCGGUUUUCGUUCUACUGA